AUGAACCUGAAAACUGUCCUCAUCCUCCUGGUCCUGGCGCUAGCCACAAUCUUCGCUUUGGUUUGUGUGUUGCUGACGAGAGGAGUGAAACCAGCCGGCUGUGAGCCGCAGAGCCUGAGCAGCCAGGGGGGAAAGCACAGUGACCAGAGCCUGGUCUUUGCUGAUCUGACGCCGGAAGAAAUGAAGCAAGUGGUGACGUAUCUUCAGGAAAACCUUGGGGUGCCAUUGGUAGAUGCCUCUCAAGCAAACCCUUCUGAUAACUGCAUUUAUUACAUCGCUGUGCAGCUCCCCACCAAGGCAGAGGUGCUGGGGUUCUUGGAUCGUGGGGGCAGGCGACCCCCCCGGCAGGCGCUGGCUGUGGUGUAUUUCGGAAACCAAACAGAUCCGAAUGUCACGGAGUACGUGGUGGGUCCCCUGCCCAAGCCGACGACUCACAGGGAUGUCACAGUGCGGAAGUACGGAGGGAAGCUGCCGUAUCACCGCAGACCGGUGACUGAGAAGGAAUACAAGGAUAUUGACCGCUUUGUCUACCAGGAGUUCGCCAAAGCACCAGGCUUGCUCAGAGAGUGCUGUGAUUAUGAUGAGACCAAUUUUGCUACCCUCACCACAGUUCCUCGGGGGUUCCAGUCAGGAGAUCGUGCCACCUGGUUUGUUCUGUUCCAGAACGUGAAUGGCAGCGGCUACUAUCUGCACCCAGUGGGGCUGGAGGUGCUGGUUAAUCACAGCAGCCUGGACACCUCCCAGUGGAGGAUAAGCCAAGUGUUCUAUAAUGGCGAGUACUAUGGAGACAUGGAGCAGCUGGAGACCGAGUUCAUACAAGGCCGCGUGAAAGAUGUAAAAGUUAAGAAAGUCCGACCUGACGAGGAAUUUGGCUCCAUGAGGCCCAGAGCAGCCCCCAUGGCACCAGGCCCUUUGCAAUAUGAGCCCCGUGGGCCCCGCUACAGCAUCCAAAACAAUCACGUCAUCUUCCAGUCCUGGAGUUUCGCCUUUGGGAUGGAUGUGAACACAGGACCACGUCUCUUUGACAUCAAGUUCAAUGGAGAGAGGAUUGUCUAUGAGCUGAGUCUCCAAGAAGCCCUUGCUGUCUACGGCUCUAAUUGUCCCGGAGGGAUGGUGACUAGAUAUAUGGAUGGGAGCUUUGGCAUCGGCAAGUUUGCUUUUGAGCUGGUCAGAGGUGUUGAUUGCCCCUACACAGCCACCUAUGUGGAUAGACACUAUCUAGUUGAAUCAGAGACCCCUAAAGUUAAUAAAAACUCCUUAUGUAUUUUCGAGCAGGACACUUCAGUCCCGCUGAGGCGCCAUUACUCCAACUUGCAGUCCCUGUACUAUGGCGGUCUGACUAAAUAUGCCCUUGUUCUUAGGGCCAUUUCAACUCUCAUAAACUAUGACUACGUCUGGGACUUCAUCUUCUACCAGAACGGAGCUAUUGAAGUAAAAAUCCACGCCACUGGCUAUAUUAGCUCGUCGUUUCUCUAUGGCACAGGCACUGAACAUGGCAGUCAGGUUGGGGAACACACACUAGGGACAAUGCACAACCAUCUCAUCAAUUAUAAAGUGGACUUGGAUGUUGGAGGAACAAAGAAUUCUCUGGUGGCUCAUGACAUGACAUUCGAUACCGUGCAGGCUCCUUGGAGUCCAGAGCACCAGAUACAGAGGCCACGGCUCACCAAGAAAGUGCUGGACACUGAGGACAAGGCCGUGUUCCCACUUCACUCCAAGAUCCCCAGAUACAUCCACUUCACCACCAACCUUGAAAAUAAGUGGGGCCACCAGCGUGGCUACAGGAUCCAGAUAGUCAGCUUUGCUGGGGACCAUCUGCCAGAAGCCAGUUCCAUGGAGCGGUCCAUCAGCUGGGGGAGGUACAAACUGGCUGUCACCAAACGGAAAGAGGAGGAGCCGACCAGCACCAGCAUCUACAACCAGAACGACCCCUGGACGCCCACCGUGGCCUUCGUUGACUUCAUAGACAAUGAGACCAUCGUAAAUGAGGACCUGGUUGCCUGGAUUUCUGUUGGCUUCCUGCACAUCCCGCAUACUGAGGAUAUUCCUAACACGGUGACUGUGGGGAACGGAGUCGGCUUUUUCCUGAGACCCUACAACUAUUUCGAUGAAGACCCCUCUGCUCACUCACCUGACGGCAUCUAUUUCAGAAGUGACCAGGACCCCAGCAUGUGUGAAGUGAACCAUGUUGCCUGCCUGUCAAAGACGGCCUCGUGCUCACCAGCCCUCCCCCCAUUCACCUACAACGGCUUCCAGAACCAGACAGGUCCCUGAGCCACUGACUGCAGGGCCUUGUAAGUGUGCUGGUGAUCGACUGUUCAUUGGGCCAUGUGCUCAGGCUUCCAUCGAAAGCAGCAGUCAGCCCUGGCUCACUGAUACCUGUAGAUGGUUUAUACAGGGCCAUCCUUAGGCAUACGCCGCAUACACAGCUGCGUAGGGCACCAUGGAAUUUGGGGCACCAAAUUGCCCCAAAUUUCAUGGUGCCUUAGGCAGCUGGGUGCUGCAUACGCGACAGCACUAGCCCCAGUGACCAGCCCUAUCCCUCGGCCGGACCCCCUGCAAGGGGCAGGGCUGUCCCUAGGCGGGUGUGGGGCCCCGGACAACUCC